GUUCUUUACAAGUUAAGUUGUACUGUGCAGACGCCGCAGUUUCCAGCUCCUUGACAGUAACUGACACCCGACAGAAAUGUGGUGGGUAGCGUGGGUCCUGGCUGCCUUAGUGGUUCUCUUCUGCUCUCUGGAUGUGUGGUACUUCCUGCGAGCUGGAGCCGUGAUCUUGAAGGCCUGGUUUCAACCUCCAGUAUGGGACGUCACAGGAGAGCAGGUCGUGACGGGACUCGUCACUCCACGCGACAUUGACAUGUGCCACAUGAACAAUGCUCGGUACCUCCGGGAGUGCGACUUUGCCCGCUUUUCUCUCUACACGCGCAACGGUGUGUUCAAAGCGGUGCGGGCCCUGAGAGCCAACAUGGUAGUAGGGGCCACCACCAUUCGCUACCGCAGGGCUCUGUGUAUAGGAGAGGGUUAUGAUCUGUGCAGUCGGAUCGUCACUUGGGAUGACAAAGCUUUUUACCUGGAGCAAAGGUUCGUGUCCAGAAAAGACAAGCUGGUGUGUGCCGUGAUGUACUGCAAGCAAAGUGUGAUACGCAGCAGUCCAGACAAGAUCUUGCAGCACCUGUGUAAAAGAAAGGUGGAGCCCCCUGAGUUCCCAGAGGACCUGCAGCAUUGGGUUAACUUUAUUUCUGCCAGCAGCCAGGCCUUGAGAGCUGAAAGUGGUCUUGAUGACAAGAGCAAAUAAAGUUGGAUGAGAGGAUCUUCUCUCCAUGUUGAAGAAAAGCAGCCAGUUUAUCAGCACACCAUCCUUAAUCUCCUCAGAGAGACUCUUGCCCAUCUGUACAGAUAUAUCCCCUCUUCACUGAUGUGCCUCUUCUUUGCAUUCAGGGUACUUUGAGCUCAGUAUUUAAAGAUGUGAAGCAGGAUUAAUGGUGCACAUUGCAUUAAGAAACGGUGGUACAUCAUAACUUUUGUAACUGUAAAUAUAACCGUAUGAUGUGUUCUGUCUGCUAGCAGCUGCAAUAAAACAGCCAUGGUUGCAGGU